UUGUCGUUCCUUGAAGUGAAGCUGAACAAACCUUGAGGAGUCUGGAGUCUCCCUCAAUCUGCCGUUGGUAACUAACGCACUCACACAUAGCUACCCACUCUCACCACGACUCAAUUAAUGCCCAAUUCUCGUCUUUAUCAUCUCCUGCCACUGACUUCAACCCAACGCAACGCAAAUCGCGAAGGAGAGGAACAUAAAGGCUAUUUUGAAUAGUAACUGACGGAGUAUACAUAAAGUGACGAACAUCAUUAAGUUUGCAGAGCCGUGAUGUCACAGAGCUGAGGAUCCUCUCGAACAAUAUGGAGUCUGGAGAGCGGCUGGCCUCCCCAUCGUCAGCCCCGUCCUCCCUGCUCAUCACCUCCUCCACUGUCUCCUCCGCCGUCUACUCCCCUGCCCCUGUAUCGGCCAAGACGCCCUCCCCCAAGUGCAGUCUCACCCCCAGCCCUGCCACCUUGGGCUCCCCUCUCACCACCUGUGGAGACUUGUUUCGGGUGGCGGGCGAUCAUCAUUUCAACAUGUCUACGGUCUCAAGUGCCUUUCCCAUCUUCAACCACCCAGCGUUUGGUCUGUACACUACCAGCUCAGGCCACUCAGAGUUUGGAGGCCUGGGGUCCUUGGGGAUGUCUGCUGCCUUGGCUGCUCACUCCCAGCUAGGACCAUUUCCAGAAUGGUGGAGGGCAGCUGAGGCUCAGGGGCGUGGAGCUGCAGCCUUCUUCCCCCAUCUCCUGGGGCUCCCGCCCAUGUUCCUACCCCAACUCCAGCAGAGCCACGACCCCAGCCCCUUCCAGGCCCGCACCCCCAGCAAGAACGGACGAGCCACUGCCAAAGGAGUGAAUGGCGCAGUGAAUGGCAACAGUGUCUCCACUGUGUCUGGUGGAAUCUCCACCACCGCCACUACGUUCUCAACACAGGGGAACACUGAGAAACUGAAAGGCACCAACAACGGCAGUGGCAACAUCCGCAUGAGCCACCAGGACAUGGACCAAGUGAAGGAGAAAACGAAAGAGAAAAAACUCUGCAAGAAACUGGUGGAGGCGUCCAGCAACAGUGACAGCGAAUCAGGGUCCUCCUCUGAUAUCUCCAGCGAAGGCUUGAACAGCAGUGAGUCAGAUGACCUAGAUGACGAUGACGACGAUCAGAGCAAUGACAGCGACGAUUCUAACUCGGCGAAGGAGAGCGUAAAGAGGAAGAUUAAGGGCCUGACACAGAGCCCUGCCGACAGCAAGAAGAAGAAACCCCGCGCCGCUGAAGGCGAGGAGGCUCGGGACAGCCGAACUGCUCUGCUUCAGAAACAUCCAGACGAGGCCUUUCUCCAUUCCCUCCACUACCCGCUCCAUCCCUCACCACAGCCCCCAGCACUGCCCCAGUCCAUGGCCCUAGUCUUCCAGAGCUCCAGGACCAGGGAGGAAGAACUGAAGCAACACACCAGUGUGAUCCAGGCCACAGGGCGGGCCAGUAUUAAGCCUUUGGCUCUGGUCACACAACCACGCAGGGAGGCCUCAUCCUCUCCUCAACCCGUCAGACCCUUCUCCCUCUCCUCCUCACCUAAAUUGUACCCCCUUUCUUCCUCACCCAAACCAAACGCAGUCUCUUCCUCUCCCAAGCCCCUCUCCCUCUGCUCCUCACCCAAGCCCCUCAGUUCCUCACCUAAACCCUUGUCUCUGUCCACCUCAUCCAAGCCUCCCUCUCGGUCUUCGUCCCCAAAACCACCCACCCUCUCGCCCUCGCACAAACCCAAAUCUCGAACGGCAUCCCCCAAACUCCCCAACCUGUCUGACAGUAUGAAGGCGGGCGGCAGAACCUUCUUGGAUGAAACCUUGUUACACAUCAACAACUUUAAAUUGAAACAGGAGCACUUCAAACAGGCCUUCCCUCUUCCACUGACCCAUCAGGAUCUGUUCAAGAGCCCGAAGAAAAAGAAAAUGGCUGCCUCAUCAUCCUCGUCACUUCCACCGCCCAAACUGUCUCCAGAGACCCUGAGCAGUCACACGCUCCCUUCUCCUCAUACCAACAUCUCCAACCUGUUCCUGGCCACCUCCUUCCUGGGCCCCCACCCCAAUGGGGUGAUCCAUAGCACGGUGCAGGAUGCCCCCCUAGCCCUCAUCACCAAGCCUCGCAGUAUCAGUCAGAGCAGGAGCACCAACAACAAGUCUCUCCUGGCUGCCACCAGCCCGUCCUUCUCCAUGCCUGUCAACCUGAGCACUGGGACCAAGGAGCACAGUUCCGGAGGCCUGGCCCACAGAGCUGGGAAGAGCAAGGCCCAGCACAAGGCUUUCCACAAGGGUAAGGAUCAUCAGACCCACCUGGUGCAGUCCCUGGUGGAGCUGUUCCGGGCCACAGAGUCAGACAUCCCUGACAGCAAGGACUCGGAAGACUCCUUAGAGGACGAUGAAGAUGAUGACGACGAUGAGGAGGAUUCCGACGACAGCCUAUCAGAGUCUGAGAGUACUGUGGAGAGUGACUCGGACGGCUCUGAGGACAACGCGAAGGACCUCAACGAGACCACCACAGACCCGGAGGCAGAGAGGAACCCUCUGAAGCUCACCAAAGGCUCCUCUUCUCUACUCAACAACACCUCCUCCGGCCUCUCAGCCAGCUGCUCCCCUCUCAACCUCCAGGUCAUCAAGGCAGCCGGUGGCCUGCCCACCCCAGCCAUAGUGACUAGCUCUGGGGCCUUGGCCUACCACAGCACCCCCUCCUCCUCCUCCUCCUCCUCCACUCUCUGCUCCACUCCACCAGGAUCAGGGAAGAGAAGAAGAGUGACAGAUGAGAGGGAGCUGCGGACACCUCUACAGUUUGGGUGGCAGAGAGAGACUCGUAUACAUAAUGAGACAGGCCGUCUGCAGGGAGAUGUGGCGUACUACGCCCCGUGUGGGAAGAAGAUCCGGCAGUACCCUGAUGUCAUGAAGUAUCUGUCCAGAAAUGGAAUAAGUGACAUCACACGCGAUAAUUUUAGCUUCAGUGCAAAAAUAAGGGUUGGCGACUUCUAUGAAGCCAGAGAAGGACCCCAGGGUUUGCAGUGGAGCUUGUUGACUGAGGAGGAGGUGAUUCCUCGGAUCCUGGCCAUGGAGGGGAGGCGCGGGCGUCCCCCCAAUCCUGAGCACCAGAGGACGGGUGACGAGAGCCCACGGUCCAGGCGCAGAAAGGGCCGACGCCCCAACGUCGGCAAGGCCGACAUCUCAGGCGCUACUGACGCCAAAAUUCUACGCAAACUGGAAGCUCAAGAGAUGGCUCGGCAGGCAGCCCAGAUCAAGAUGAUGAGGAAACUUGAACAGCAGGCCAUGGCACGAGCAGCCAAGGAAGCCAGGAAACAACAAGCAAUCAUGGCUGCUGAGGAGAAGCGGAAACAGAAGGAGCGAGUGAAGAUUUUAAAGCAGCAGGAGAAGAUCAAGCGCAUUCAGCAAAUUCAAAUGGAGAAGGAGCUCCGAGCGCAGCAGAUUCUAGAGACUAAAAGGAAAAGGACGGAAGAAGCGGCAAAUGCCAAAAUAAUGGAGGCUGAGAAACGAAACAAGGAGAAGGAGAUGAGAAGGCAGCAGGCAGUCAUUUUGAAGCACCAGGAGUUGGAGAGGCAUAGACUAGAUAUGGUAUGGGAGAGGGAGAGGCGGAGGCAGCACAUGAUGCUGAUGAAGACAAUGGACGCCCGUAAGAAAGCAGAGGAGCGGGAGCGCUUAAAGCAGGAGAAGAAGGAUGAGAAACGGUUAAACAAGGAGCGGAAAUUGGAGCUUAGAAGACUGGAACUGGAAAUUGCCAAGGAGCUGAAGAAGCCAAAUGAAGACAUGUGCUUAGCAGAUCACAAGCUCCUCCCGGAGUUAUCCCGUAUUCCCGGCCUGUUUCUACCGGGAAGCAGCUUCUCUGACUGCCUGAUGGUGAUGCAGUUCCUGCGGAGCUUUGGGAAGGUGCUGGGCUUUGACGUGAACGCCCAUGUUCCCAACCUGAGUGUGCUGCAGGAGGGCCUGCUCAACCUGGGAGACAGCAUGGGACAGGUCCAGGACCUGCUGGUACGCAUGCUCUCUGCUGUGGUGUGUGACCCAGGACUUCCCCCAGGACACCGGACCAAGACAGCCCUGGGGGACCACCUGGCCAACGUGGGCAUUAACCAGGACAAUGUGUCGGAGGCGCUACAGAUCUACAUGGAGGCUCACUGUGGCGAGACCGAGCUGCAGACCGAGCUGAGGGAGGUUACCGGCAGUCUGAAGACCAAGGCCUUCCAAGCCCACACCCCCGCACAGAAGGCCUCCGUCCUGGCCUUCCUUGUCAACGAGCUGUCCUGCAGUAAGAGUGUGGUCAGCGAGAUCGACAAGAACAUCGAUCACAUGACCAACCUGAGAAGGGACAAGUGGGUCAUCGAGGGCACGCUUCGCAAGCUGAGGACCAUCCAUGCCAAGAAGACGGGGAAGAGGGACAGCGGUGUGGGAGGAGAGGAGACACUGUCCCUGGGUACACCCAACCCCGGGCGCAAGCGCAAGAGGAAAGGAGGGGACAGCGAGGAGGAUGAGGAUGAUGACGAGGAUAGCGAGGACCAGGGGGAUGAAGAUGAUGACGAGGAGGAGGAGGAGAGAGGGAAGAAAGGGAAGAAAGUGGAAACCUGCGAGGAGGAGGAUGACGGGGACCAGACGACCAGUGUAGAGGAGCUGGAGAAACAGAUAGACAAAUUAACCAAGCAACAGAGUCAGAUCAGACGGAAGCUGUUUGAGUCGUCCCACUCGUUGCGCUCCAUGAUGUUCGGCCAGGACCGCUACAAGCGCCGGUACUGGGUGCUGCCACAGUGCGGGGGCAUCUUUGUGGAGGGCAUGGAGACUGGCAAAGGAGCAGAGGAGCUUGAGAGGGAGAGACUGAGGAGCACAGAGCUGGUCCACGUGGAGGAGGAGGAGGUGGAAAGGAGGCCAGAGGUGGAGGGGAGGCCAGGGGCGUCCAGCCUAGAGGGGAGCACUGACGGGGACAUGGCCUCGCCAGACAAACACUCCCUCAACAUCUUCCUCCAGAAGCCCGGCUCCUUCUCCAAACUUAGCAAACUCCUGGAGGUGUCCAAGAUGUCCCCGGAUUCGGACAACCACAGUCAGAGCUGUAGUCCCGUCAAAGUCCCCACCGCUGUGUCCUCCCCUAUCCACCCCACCGCUCAGACUAUACUACCCAGCAGCCCCUGUGCAGCUCCCCCUCCGCUGUGUCCGGAGGUGAAAGCGGAGCCUUCAACAGCUCUCUUCAGCCCGCCCUACCUCAGCGGCAACAGCAGCCCAGGGAAGAUGUCCUCCAGCUCCCUACAGCAGCAGCAGCAGCAGCAGCUCCAGCCCAACGACCAGCUGUUAAGGGUGCUGACGGAGAAGAGUGGCCACUGGUUCAGCCUGCUGCCCCGCUCCCCCUGUGACGAGUCCUCCACCACCACCCCUCCGGCCUUCUCCCCCCAGUCCUCCUCCACCACCAGGCCCAAAUCCCCCUCCUCCCUGUCCCCUAAUCCCCCAGCCACCACCUCAGCCAGCCCCAGCAACCCCACCACCGGGAUCAAUAACUUCUCUUUAUCAGCUCUCAAGCAGGUGAAGUCGGGGGUCCAUAUGAUGGGUCUGCCAUUCUGUGGCUGGCCCGGUGGCAUGAUGAGCACCACCCUGCCCUUCUCUGCCAGUCCUCUUCCACCCUCCAUGUUGAGCGCUGCCUACCACCAUGUGGAAGGUAAUGGCAACCCCUUCCUGGCAGCAUCCAGCCUCUCCAGCAGCAAGAGUAAGUCGCCAGUCCCUGCCGGAGAGAAGCCCCCCUCUGCUCCGCCCACUGUGGUGGAGGUGGCCAAGACCCAAGACUACCCCGACCCACUGCCCAUCCCAGAGGAGAUGCUGUCAGGCUGGUGGAGAGUGGCAGACAUGGAGGAAUUGAGGAGCCUGGUCAAGGCCUUGCACAGCAGAGGUAUCAGAGAGAAAGCCCUGCAGAAACAGAUCCAGAAACAUAUGGAGUACAUUGCCCAGGCCUGCGCCAAGAACAGAGAUGUGGUGGUGAUUGAUGAGUCUGAGCUGGAGGAGAACGGGGUGAGCGAGGAGACUGUGGAGAGCUGGUGUGUGGAGGAGCAGGCCAUGGAGAUGGACAUCGCUGUGCUGCAGCAGGUGGAGGAGCUGGAGAGGAAGGUCACCUCGGCCAGCCUCCAGGUCAAGAGUUGGAUGUAUGCGGAGCCCCAGUCAGAGCGAGGGGACCUGGUCUACCAUGAACACAAGCCCAUCGCUAAGCUGCUUCCAGCCGGGGAGGAGCGGCCUGCAGGGGACAAGGAGAGGGCCAGUGGCAACAACAGCCUAGUGCGGCACGUCAACAAUCCGCUAGAUAUAGCCGUAACACGUCUGGCCGAGCUGGAGAGGAACAUCGAGCGAAGGUACCUGAAGAGCCCCUUAAGUACCACCGUUCAGGUCAAACUGGAUAAUGUGCUGGGUACGGUCACUGUCCCUGCUCCCACACCAUCCCAUAAUGUUGAUGGUGAAGGGGGGGAAGAGGGGCUGGCCCCGGGCAUGAAGGUGUGGCGCAAGGCCGUGGGCGAGGUCCGCAGCGCUGCCCAGCUGGCUCUCUGUGUCCAGCAGCUCCAGAAGUCCAUCGCAUGGGAGAGAUCCAUCAUGAAAGUGUACUGCCAGUUGUGUCGAAAGGGGGAUAAUGAGGAACUGCUCUUACUCUGUGAUGGCUGUGACAAAGGCUGCCACACGUACUGCCAUAAACCCAAGAUCACCACAAUACCUGACGGUGACUGGUUUUGUCCUGCUUGCAUAUCGAAGGCGAGCGGUCGAUCCCCCGAGAAGAAGAAGAAGCAGCAGAGCCGAGCGGGAGCAGCCGGAGGAGGGAAGAGAAGCACCGAGGUAAAACGGAGCAGGAAGCUAUCGUCCGUAGCCAGCGCAGAGGUCUCCGAGGACGAUGCUGCCAGCACCAGCAGCAGCACUCCAAAGAAAUGGAGCAAAGAGCCCAAAAAGAGGAAGAGCCUAGGAGAGGAGAGCCCAGCCACAAACCAGUCCAAGCAGGACAGUACUAGUCCUGUCUGUGGGAAGAAGGCUAAGACGGCCACGUCGGCCAGAGACGACGAUAAGGAUCUGAACUUGUGCAGGGUGCUACUGGCUGAGCUGGAGGUUCACCAGGAUGCCUGGCCCUUCCUGAACCCUGUCAACCCCAAAUCUGUCCCCGGCUACAAGAAAGUCAUCAGGAAACCCAUGGACUUCUCCACUAUCCGAGAGAAACUCGUUAACAGCCAGUACUUGAACCUCGAGACGUUUAUCAUCGACGUCAACUUGGUUUUUGAUAACUGUGAAAAGUUCAACGAAGAUAAUUCGGACAUUGGGCGAGCAGGACACAACAUGAGGAGUUUUUUUCAGAAGAGAUGGACUGAGCUGUUAAAACAAACCAACUAGGCUAGUUUGUACUACUUUAUCUUCACUAUACUGUAUGGGACCAGCGGUAACCACUUUACACUCACAAGCAGGAGUGACAGUAUUGGUCUGAAGACUGUCUUCAAGACCUAAGGUUCAAGUCUCUCUGUCAGCAACCAGGGAAUCUUCAUUCAUUUACAAUUGUAAUGCUACGUAUUGACUUCACUGAUGUACAAUACUAGUUGUGUAAGAGCAAGGAAAUGCACCCAAAGAGUUUCAGACAAAAGGGGUGGGUGUUUUUAAAGUGCAAUACCAUUUCCUAGAAGAAUCCACCACCAACAGAGCUGUAACUGGGAACAAAAGCUUUCCAACUAACUGUACAUAUUAUUUUACAGUGAAUGUAUUUAAUUUUGCCAAUUAUUUAUCAGUGGAAAUGGUUUUCAUUUUCUAAGAAAAGGAAGAAAACUGCUUUAAAACAACAAAAAAUCUUACGGAAUGUUUUGCGAACAUAAAACAAAAGCCAAGAAAAAAAUAAAAUGAAUUGUUUACACUGCUCUGUGCCUCCAGGGCGCCACAAGAUUCAUGACAGUAAUACUGUAAUGCUGCGUUUCAAUGUAUGUUUGCAUCGCUAACAUAACCCACACAGUGAGGCAACAAUGGCACAUCUGUGUAUAUACUGUUCAUUAAUGUUAAUAUUAAGUCUUGAUGGUAAAAUGUAUGAUGUGUACAUACAGUACUGUUACAAGACACCUGAUAUUGUUUAUGCCUUAGAAUGAUUGUAGUGUUUAAUUUCAGUCUUAAAAGUGAUAAAUACAUGUUUAUUGCCUGUACCGUAUAUCCUCUGCAAACACUGUGGUCUCCUCAAUCUUGGUAGUGCCUGCCCUCUCAAAAGUUUGUGGAGGAUAUUAUUUCAAUCCUUUGGUUUUGUAUCCCUUCAAGUGUGUGUGUGUGUGUGUGUGUGUGUGUGUGUGUGUGCCAGUAUAUGAAAUGUCAACCCUCGUGGGCCUCGAUUUCUGACAUCCUAUCAUCAGUAUAGAAUGCAUCGCGAUGCACAGUACCUUUCAUAAAAGCAUUUAUCUCUAUUUGCCUUGCCUUGCCACAGACCCAAGGACACUGGAACAUUUUUUUAAUAACCAGGGUAUUCCUGGUUAAAUUCCAUUUUUAAAUGCCAUUCAAUAUCAGGAAGUACACGGAAAUCCCAAUUAUCUUCAAUGAGGAAAAUUUGGAAUUAGAAUUUGGUUUCCUUUCUAAAUUGACUGGACUUGAAAUGGAAUUGAUCCCAACCCUGGUAAUAACCACUGUUUUGCCUACUGGUGGCAUCUUGAGCAGUGUUUUGUCAGAGUACUUGAAGUUAUUUUAUUUAUGAAUAUUGUGAGGAAAAGUAGAAUUUUUUUGUAGGAGCAUUAUUUUUCACUAGUGUGUGUGUGUGGCACGGAUCUAAUAAAAAUGAUCUUUUUCAACUCUG